GCGGUAUUGGCGGUUGUUGAGGGAGGUCGUGGAGCUGGUGAGGGGAAGCGGGUGAACGCGGCAGCUUCAGCCCAGUGGCGGCGGCGUUGGCGUUGGCGGCGGCGGCAGCAGCAGAUCCAGCCUCAGUUUCCUUGGCCUCCGCGCUCUGCCCCUUCAGGAUGUCUUCUCUGCCAGACGCGGCCGCCGGCGACGAGCGGAAGCAGGCGAAGGAGAUGGAGGACGCUGAGAAAUACUCCUUCAUGUCCACGCUCACCAAGGCGCCCAAGAAGCAAAUCCAGUUUGCGGAUGAUAUGCAAGAGUUCAGCAAAUUCCCAACCAAGACUGGUCGCAGGUCUAUGUCUCGUUCCAUUUCACAGUCUUCCACUGACAGUUACAGCUCUGCGGCAUCUUAUACAGACAGCUCUGAUGAUGAAGUUUCUCCUAGAGAAAAGCAACAAACUAAUUCCAAGGGCAGUAGCAAUUUCUGUGUUAAGAAUAUCAAGCAGGCUGAGUUUGGUCGCCGAGAGAUAGAGAUUGCUGAACAAGAUAUGUCUGCACUGAUUUCAUUAAGAAAACGAGCUCAGGGAGAGAAACCUUUAGCUGGAGCUAAAAUAGUGGGAUGCACACAUAUUACAGCACAGACUGCGGUCUUGAUUGAGACAUUGUGUGCAUUAGGAGCUCAGUGCCGAUGGUCUGCUUGUAAUAUUUAUUCCACCCAGAAUGAGGUGGCUGCUGCCUUAGCUGAGGCUGGUGUGGCUGUAUUUGCCUGGAAAGGAGAGUCUGAGGAUGACUUUUGGUGGUGCAUUGAUCGCUGUGUUAAUGUGGAUAGCUGGCAGGCCAACAUGAUCUUGGAUGAUGGGGGAGACCUGACACACUGGGUUUAUAAGAAAUAUCCAAAUGUAUUUAAGAAGAUCAGAGGCAUUGUUGAAGAGAGUGUGACAGGUGUGCACAGAUUAUACCAGUUAUCAAAAGCUGGGAAAUUGUGUGUUCCUGCCAUGAAUGUCAACGACUCUGUCACCAAACAGAAAUUUGAUAAUCUGUACUGUUGCAGAGAGUCCAUUUUAGAUGGCCUAAAGCGGACAACUGAUGUGAUGUUUGGAGGAAAGCAAGUGGUAGUGUGUGGCUAUGGUGAGGUUGGGAAAGGAUGCUGUGCAGCUUUGAAGGCCCUGGGCGCCAUAGUUUACAUCACAGAGAUUGAUCCCAUCUGUGCUCUUCAAGCCUGCAUGGAUGGGUUUCGGGUGGUGAAGCUCAUUGAAGUUAUUCGUCAAGUGGAUGUAGUCAUAACAUGCACAGGAAAUAAGAAUGUUGUGACUAGGGAGCACUUGGAUCGAAUGAAGAAUAGCUGCAUUGUAUGUAAUAUGGGCCAUUCCAACACUGAAAUUGAUGUGGCUAGUCUUCGUACUCCAGAGCUGACCUGGGAGCGUGUACGCUCUCAAGUGGAUCAUGUUAUCUGGCCUGAUGGCAAGCGAGUUGUUCUACUAGCUGAGGGACGACUUCUCAAUCUGAGCUGUUCAACUGUUCCUACAUUUGUUCUGUCUAUCACAGCCACCACUCAGGCUCUGGCUUUGAUUGAGCUUUAUAAUGCUCCUGAGGGACGAUACAAACAAGAUGUGUACCUCCUGCCUAAAAAGAUGGAUGAAUAUGUUGCCAGCUUGCAUCUGCCUUCUUUUGAUGCCCAUCUGACAGAACUAACAGAUGAUCAAGCAAAAUAUCUGGGACUCAAUAAAAAUGGGCCCUUUAAACCAAACUAUUAUAGGUACUGAUGGACCAUAAUAAUGAAGGACCAGACCACAUAAUCUACACAAGAGCUUUAGCAAGAAUAUUUUUAAAGACAUAUAUUUUAUGUUACUUCCAAACACUUUUUUUCUUUUCUUCAUGUGAUUUUAUUGUCCCUCCUUGUUCUUUAAUAUUUCCAUCUCUCUCUGUCUGACCUUGCAGACAAUCUGGGAUUUCCCUACUGCAUUACCACUGAAUCAAUGCAGUUUCAGUUCUUUUGUUUUGUUACUAGAUAGAGAAUUCCCUUUGGUGAUGAGGGGCAUUCCUUUCCUGUGGUGACUUCAUUUUUAAAUUUGAAAAAUUCCAUGGCACCUUAGUUGUAGUUGAUAGAUCUGCAGAAUAUUAAGAAUACUAUUUUUUUUCUUUGUGGAAUUAUCUACAAAUUCAAAAUUGCCUUAAUAAGCCCCAAUUUAUUAGCUGCUAAAUGAAUACUCCUUCUCCUGCUUAGGAACAGGGUUGCACCUUGUGACCAUUUAGGUUACAAGUAUAUAUUCCCCAAAUCCCUAAUCUCUGAUUCUAAUUGUGUUACAUGGAAAAAGUCCUCUUGAAUUCAGUUGAACAGUUUCAAAAACUGUUUAUAAUCAGUUAGGUUAUUUUUCCUACAUGAAACAUGUAGCUGCAUGUUUGGUUACGCUAGGCCUAGAUAGAUUUUAACUUAUAUUUUAAGUUGCUAGGGUGCUAUUGUGAAAUAAAAUGGAUAUUGGUUAUCCACUGUCUUCACCUCUUCAUAGUUAUUAGAUUUUAGGGAUGGCCUGAAGUUGUUGCUGCUUUAAGCAUAUUUUAAAUGGCAGUGGAUAAGAAUUCCUUUUGCUUUUUGUUUGGACAAUUUUAAAGCAGAAGAUUUCAGUUAAGACAUUGCAGAACUGUUAGGGGCCACUAAGAACCAGAUCAGUCCUUUUGGGCUGAGGUUUUAUCUCCUGUACUCCAUUCCUUCAUUUGCACAGCACAGGAGAUGUUUGGAUAAUGUAGUAGUUUAACUCCUGAAAUCCUAUAAAUAUGAUUCAUUGUGUAAAGCAUUUCCUUCCAUCUUCAGGUUCCAUUUGUAGCAAAUGAAUAUUGAAGGUGGAACCCCUUCCCAUUGGCACUGCUAUUUUAAGUGCUCUGCUGCUUUAAUUACCUGAUCUCUGUAGACUAGCAUAUUCGGUUUAGUUAGCAUGAAGCACUAGUACUUCUCCUGUGAGAUUGCAGUGCAGCCCAGAUUUCAUACUUUAGUGCCAUGAGAAUGAGAGUUUCAGCAUCAUUAAAUAAUGCAAUCCUGUGCAUGUUUAGACAGGGCCAAGAUAUGCUAGGAGUUGUAAGACUUUUUUCUGUCUAAACAUGAAUAGGAUUACACCAUCGCAGAGGCAAACGUUACGCUAAGUGUGUGGUUCAGGCUCUGGGUCUGAUCACUUCAGCCUCGUGCUGAAGUUUCAGAGAGCAGUGAUGAGCCAGAAACUACUGUGAAUCAUAGUGAAUGCAUGAUUAACCUUGAACCUUUUGCCUUUCUAUGUAACCUUUGCAGAAGACUUGAUAUAAAUACAGAAAAUGACAUUCCUAAUGCCAUAUUCAUAAAAUUUGCCCCACUGUUGAAUGGUGUAGGGCUGUUGUCCUUCCUAGUAGUCCUUCAUAGGAGACUAAAUUAUCUGUGAGAAGCCUGAGCCGCCAAGCCUUUGCACACCAAUACAGCUUGCUCUCCAGUUCUCAAACCUUUAAAUGACCUCUCUCUUGUACCUUUUGUACUAGCUGUCUGGUUCCUCUUCAGAAGCUGUAUGGUGACAGCCUUGCAGACUGGUGCUGGCCAUUGACUGACUUGAAUACAGGAGAACCUGCUGCUCCCAGCUCCUCCAAUAUACCCCAUUUUCCAGAAUAUAAUUUUAAGUUUGGCCAGACCAAAUGAGAUGUUUUUUCCUUGUUGGUAAAGUUAUUCCAGGCCUGAACAUGUGUGUUCUCUCAGUUCUUUCAUCAAGAUGGCUGUCCUAUUUUGUUUCUUGAUUCCACAGCUAUAUUACUACAAAUGCUGAUCCCAGAAUUGACUUGGAUUUCUUUAGCCAAGCAAAGUGUGUUCCAAAAAAUCCUCCUUAAAGUUAAUGAGGAUCUCUUCAUUGCAUUUGUCUGCCUCUAUCUUGCAGCAUCAAUAGAUACCUUAGCUAAGGGCUCCAUCUCUGUAUAAGCCAUGGAAUAAAUUCUCAUACCUGGCGAGACCUCAGUUUGGUCAGAGGGAGCAUGUUAUAGCAUUGACCCAGGUGGGGAUAGGUUUAUUUUGUAUAUGAAUGAUUUUUAAUGAAUGCAAUAUUAAUCCUUGCAGAUGAGCAAUAAAUCAUUACGCAAAAUCUCAAUAAACCAAUUAGAAACCUA